CUUCCCAGUUUCUGGGGCUGGGACUGAGGCGUGAAGGGGAGGGAGAGCGAGGGAAAGGGAGGCCUCCUGACUUGUGUUUUAUAUAUUAUCAUCCCACAUUGGCUUUGGAGGGGUAUUGUAACGCCCAGGGCUUCUCCUUCUUCUCCUCUUUCCUUCCUUCCAAGGCUAACGAGCAGCCAAAAUGGAGCCUGGAUUGAGGAGGACCAAGGCAGAGGAAGGGGGUCUCCAAGAAGAAGAGGAGGAGGAGGAAGAGGUGGACCCCCGCAUUCAGGGAGAACUAGAAAAGCUGAAUCAAUCUACAGAUGAUAUUAAUCGGAGAGAAACCGAGCUUGAGGAUGCUCGUCAGAAAUUCCGUUCUGUUCUAGUUGAAGCAACAAUAAAACUAGAUGAACUAGUGAAGAAGAUUGGGAAAGCUGUAGAAGACUCUAAACCUUACUGGGAAGCGCGGAGAGUUGCGAGGCAGGCCCAGCUGGAAGCUCAAAAAGCAACACAGGAUUUCCAGAGAGCUACUGAGGUGCUACGGGCUGCUAAGGAGACUAUUUCCCUUGCUGAGCAGAGGUUGCUGGAAGAUGACAAGCGCCAGUUUGACUCUGCCUGGCAGGAGAUGCUUAACCAUGCCACCCAAAGGGUCAUGGAGGCAGAACAGACGAAAACCAGAAGUGAGCUGGUACACAAGGAAACGGCAGCCAAAUACAACGCUGCCACGGGCAGAAUGAAACAGUUGGAAAAGAAGCUGAAAAGGGCUAUAAACAAAUCCAAGCCUUACUUUGAACUCAAGGCAAAAUACUAUGUACAAUUAGAGCAAUUGAAGAAGACAGUGGAUGAUCUACAAGCAAAGCUGUCUUUGGCAAAAGGCGAAUACAAAACAGCACUGAAGAAUCUGGAAAUGAUCUCUGAUGAGAUCCAUGAGAGGAGGCGAGCUUCCUCCAUGGGGCCCAGGGGGUGUGGUGUAGGUGCUGAAGGCAACAAUACUUCGGUAGAAGACCUUUCGAUGUGCAAACUGGAGCCAGACAAUAUCUCCAUGGCUUCUGAAGUAUUUGAGGAUGACAACUGCAGCAGUGUUGUAUCUGAAGAAGACUCUGAAACCCAGUCGGUGUCCAGUUUCAGUUCUGGUCCCACAAGCCCUUUUGAUAUGCCAACCCAGUUUGUUCUUGUGGCACGACCUAGAAGUCUGGAUCUGUCCAGCCCUAUCUCGCUCUCUGAAUUUGGCAUAUUUCCUCUGUUAGGACCUCGCAGUGAAUGUAGUGGGGCUUCUUCUCCUGAAUGUGAAAUUGAAAGGGGUGACAGGGCGGAAGGAGCAGAGAACAAGGCACUUGACAAAGUGAAUAAGAACAGGAGUAGCAGCAACGCCUCUUCUUCUAGUGGCCCAACAACGCUGGACAAUAGGAUGAAGCGACUCUCCCUACAAUGCCUGAAAGUCAAAGAUGGGAUUUGUCCUGACAGAAAAACUGUGCAGAUUGGUUGAAAUUAUGUCCUCUUGCAGAUAAUGAGGAUUCUAACUUAUUUAUACCCAAACUUCUGAAUGUCAGAAGGACAUUGUGCCAAUAAUUAAUAUAUGCCAAAUCUUUGGGUGUUUACUCUUUAAAACUGCACUAAGUUACAUCAGUGUUGAGGGCUGAAGUGUGUGUGUGUUUUUUUGGAAAAAUAAGUGACAUCAUUGUGACAGAUAUUGGUCACAUACAUCAUCAACUGUGCUUGUACUUCAGGCUUCAUAUUUUGCAGCAGUUUGGCAGAAGCAAUAACUAGUACUGUCUACUUGACAUAGUUCUGUGCCAUUUGGGCACUGGAGGCCAAGCCAAAUGUUUGAGAGGAGCAGCUGACUGCCAUUUUGUGAGCUGGGCUGCUGUUCAGACAUACUAGAAUUCCAAAGUGCCAGUGGCAUAUCUUUUUAAAUACCUUGAAUUUUCAUUGUCUGUAUUAUGUUUUGGGAUAAUAAAACAAAGCUCUUGCAUGCAAUUGAGCCUAGAAGCAUCUGCUCUUCCUCCAGAGCUGAUGAAUGGUAAAUUAUACCUCAGUGAGUAGCAUAAAUGUACAACUAUUGAGGGGAGGGCAAGUUAAUAUGAAUCCAGUGACUGAUAUGAAAUAUGCAUUGAAAUUUUUUAUCAAGGACACCUUUCCCAGCACUUACUGUAAGUGAUGACAGUACCAUAUGGUGUCCAUCACUAGGCAUGAUUAGGAAGUUACGGUUACCCCUUGGCCUACCAAGAAAAUGGUGAGGUGUGCAUGAAUAGGUGGCAUAUCUGCCAGUUAAGAUGGAAGAAUGAGUGAAUACUUUUAAAUAUCUUUGUAGGUUGUCAUGUAUAAUGUUUUUGGAGUAAGUAAAGGGAUUUAUAAAUGUAGCAUCCCUUAAACAAAAAGGUGAAUGAGACUGGAGAGUUGAAGCAUGAUUCAAAUAACAGCUGUUAGAUGUAGAGAAGUCUGGUAGUUACACUAAUAAAUGAUAGGACUUUCGUUUCAAUAGUGUAUCUGACACUGGUAUAUGACAUCUUUAAUAAACUUAUUUAUUUGCUGGGCA